CUUCUGGGAGAUGAAGUCCAGAACGCCUGGAAGCCCAGAGUUCGACGAAGGCGGCGAGCCUAAAGCGUCCUCCGCGAGGCCAAGCCAUGGCGGCGGAUCUGAGCGCGGUGCCGGAGGUGGAGAUAGACGCCGAAGGGACCUUCAAGUACAUCCUGCUGCGGGUGCAGCGCGGCGGCAGCGAAGAGCACCGCGACAUUGUGCGGGGAACCGCGGCUGCCGAGUUCCACAAUCAUAUAUUUGAAAAAGUUAGUCCAGAAAUGGAAAAGCUGGGCUUUGUAUGCAAAUGUCUUGGAGGAGGAAAAAUAGAGCAUAAUAGCAAAGACAAGAAAAUACGUGUAUUUGGACUUUCUACAGGGUAUGGUAAAGCUGAUCAUUCUGUGACUGUAGAAAUACUGAAGAGAACGUAUAAGGAUUAUCAGAUCUCCUGGUCAGAUGACAAGAAAUGAACUGCUGCUCUGUAAUGUAAAGUACAAAAGCAAAUUACUUUUGCUUUUAACACAGAUGGGCUUGAUUUCUAAUUCUCCCAGGAAGUAUGAGUGAUUGUGUUGAUGCUAAAUAAAAAACUUGAAUGUGAAUGUGUGUAUACACAGUUCAUAAAAUAGGUUUUGUAAAAUAUUCUUCGACUUAGUAGAAAAACUGGAAUGGGAGUUGUGUUGGGAAGCAAACAUUAAUAAAUAUGCUGAAUUGCAUCAUGA